UUUUUUUCCUCGCUUCCCUCCAUUACAAAACCAAAGCGUUCUUUGUUUCUUUACUUCUAUCACCACCACCAACUUUGAGAUAUGUCUCGUUCCACUCUUUCCGUGCUUUUAGCCAUCGCUGUCACUUCAAAAUUCGCCCUUGCUCAACCCGACCCAGCUGACCCAACACCACUUGUCGACAAGACUUAUGCCUACCCGUCAGGAAUUCCCUACCAGGUCGACUACAACACCGCUGCUAUCCGUGGCCCUCAGACCGGCUAUAACAUUUGCAACUCCACCACACAGAACCAGAACUCUUUGUGCCAAACCUCAAUGGUGAACCACAUUGACGACUUCUGCUUGUGGGCACCGCCCAUCCCUAACUCCACUAUCGGCGAUACCGAACAAGAGGAGGUUGCAUGGUGCACAAAGCCUGGCCACGGCACUCGUCUCAUCCCCAAUGGUGCCCUCCAGGGUGUUCAGUAUCUCGUUACAUCGGAGUACAUUCAAAUUGCUGGUUUUAUCGACCAGACUCAGAUUAACAUGAAUGCUCAAGACUACGGAGGAGAGCUCGACCCUCACGGUGCUGACCUUCGUGGGAACCCUCUUGGAGGUUUGAUGUAUUCCAACGCGUUCCCAAGCAACGGUGGCAACAACAACUCCUACCAGCAAGUUAUCGACUGGACGAACUUCAUGGGUGGCGAUGCCUUCUGUAUCACAAUUUGUGAUCCUGCUUCCAGCAGCGCAAACCAGUCCGCUUACUGCCAGAACAUCUACGACCGCAUGGGUUGCAGUUACAACAUGCCCAACAAUGCCCAGAACGGUACCUUCGAGGUCUGCGACUCUGAUCUCAAGAUUCCUGCUGGUCUUUACGUCACCGGCGGCGUCACCAUGACUUACAGCCAGCCGGAUUCCGCCGCUGUCGACCCACCCUACACAGCUUUCACUCCCGCCUCAUCCAACUGCGUGACUUAUGCCAGCUCUGCUCUCUACACCGGUAUCGCCACCGUUACCCCUACUGGCGUCUCCGCUUCAGCAAGUGGCGGUGCUAAGGCCACUGGGACUGGCUCGAACUCAGCUGGUGCUGCUGCUGCAACUCAGACCGGCGGUGCCGUCGCUCUUGGCGUUUCGACCCUUGCGGGUGUCACCGGUACCCUCUUCGCAAUGAUCUUCCUCUCAUGAAUCCAGUGUGCCAUUGACUAUAUCAUUUAGACUUGCAUAUAUUAAUAUACCUGCACCUGUACGCUGACAUUCAUGAUGGUGAUGGGUUAUCUGUUUUACCUUUACUGGAGACGAUUGUUGUUAUAUGCAGCGACGGACUUGUUCAUUUUUUACUUCGGCUCUUUGGGUUGGUUGACUCAUGCUGUUUGAUGUUACUGUUUGGACCAUACCCACGAACUGGAAUAUAGCAACCUUGGUUACUGUCUCUUGAUGUGUUUGCUGUAUCUUCAACCUCCGUAUGCGAUGUGGGAUUUACAGGAGGAUGCCUACUCGCUGGGGGCUGUGGCUGGUGCUUAUGUAUCUCGAACGUAGGUUCUCCUA